CGUGUAAACGUAGUAUAUGUGAAAACCUAACCGUGAAGACCAUGAUUUUGGAGCAAUUUGAAAUGAUUUCAAAUAAAUAGUCUAUCUAGGUGGAUUAUGGUAGAUUUGUUCUUAAUUAAAAAAGAUUAAAAUUUUCAAAGAGUUGACAUCCGUAAUAUGUCGAAUGAAUUUGUGCAUUCUGUUUCGGUCCCGCGUAUCUACAAAGUCACGGCCGAUAUUGUACGCCGCGUACGAGAAGAUGGUGCUAGUCUAAAAACGCUAAUUUACGAAGGAAAGCAUCCUAACGUGGCCGGCAUAUACGGCCUCGCGGUCAGCACCUUACAAGCAUUACCUCAAUUAGACCAGCUGUUUGACAAGACCCAAAUUCUAACGGAACAACCGCGUCUGAAUCCCUGGUUAGCCAGAGUUCUCAUAACGGAGCUUUUAUGGCGCAAGAGAUGCCUGAAGAGCUGCUCCAAGCCAGUCCUAACUGUCCUAACUUACGAAAACAAACUACGGGAAGAGUCAAAAAAUCUCGGCCACACAGAAACUUUUGUCGAUCAUAAAAGCAAAGUAAAGAGACCUAGAUACGUUCGUGUCAAUACUCUUCUUUUAUCAGUGGAAGAAGCAAUAACCAUUUUCCAAAAGGAUGGAUGGCAAUUACUACCGAAAAGUACAACAUAUUCUUCAUAUCUACAAUCCUUAUCGCAGUUAUCAAAGCCAUAUUUUAUUCAAGACCUGCAUGUACCAGAAAUGUUAGCUUUUCCGCCCUUGACAAUCUUUCACAAACAUAGCGGCUAUCACGAUGGCGAGUUUAUUCUUCAAGAUAAGGCUAGCAGUUUGCCGGUGCAUUUGUUGAAUCCUGUUAGUGGUUCUGUAGUACUGGACAUGUGCGCUGCGCCCGGUAUGAAGGCUACUCAUGUGGCAGCAAAACUGCAAAAUAACGGGAAAGUUUAUGCUGUGGAAAUUGAUGCUAAGAGAUUUGGAACCUUACUCAAUCAGAUAGAAAAGACUCGUGCCCUCUGCGUGAAAUCUCUUAAUCAAGAUGCCUUAACUCUCGAUCCAAAGUUGUAUUCACAUGUGGCAUACAUUCUAGUCGAUCCAACUUGUUCUGGAUCAGGUAUUGUCGACAGACCAAGACAGACCGAGAUGGAUGGAAUGCCCGAACCAAAGCGCUUGCAAAAUUUACAAUCGUUCCAAGUUUAUCUUCUGAGAUUUGCGCUGUUCAAUUUUCCAAAUGCGAAAAGAAUAAUCUACAGCACUUGUUCUCUACAUCCCGAGGAGAAUGAGGAAGUAGUAGACGAAGUUCUGGCCAAUGUUGGAAACGCUUAUCGUUUGUUACCAAUUAGGCAAUUACUUGAAAAUAACUGGACCAACUUCAGCUCGAAAAAUUAUAACUGUGGAGAUUUUUGUUUGUACUCGAAGCCAGAUAAUGAUUUUUGCAAUGGUUUUUUCGUCGCAGUAUUCGAGAGAAAUUUUGAUGUAACUCUGCCAAAGUGCAGACUUAAAGGGGGUAACGAAUAUAAUAUGAAUUUUAUUAAGGCUGACUUGAAUAUCAAGGAAGAUGAUAUGGCGACAACAUCAGCACAUCAACAAGAGGAAUGUGGAAAGAAGACAAAGAAGAAGAAGAAGAAGAAAAAGAAGGAAGCAGUUUUGAUGAAUGACGAACAAACGAAGAUAUCGACAGGUAUUAUUGAAUUUGAAGUAUCCGAUAUAGAUAACAAAAUAAAAGCAAAAAGUAAAAAAGAGAUUGACAAAAUGGAUGUUUGCAACAAUUUAUGUAAUUUUAAUCAUAAAUUAGCAUUGAAUGAAUCUAAAGAUAUACAAAAGGAGACAUUAGACAUCAUGGAAACGAAAAAAUCAAAGCAUGAAGAUAUACUUCAGGAAACUGUUUGUGACGAAAAAGAACAAAAUAAAGACAUUAAACUGUCAAAGAAAAAAAAGAAAAAAGAAAAAAAAAUCAAAAUUGAUGAAAUUUAUAAAAUAGAGCAAGGGGAAGAAACUGUAAGACCAUCAAAAAAGAGAAAAAAAAAUAACGAAAUUCAUUAA